AUGCACACCUUCCACCUCGUCUCUCUCCUCCUGGCAUCCGCCUCCCUUGCUGUCUCCAGCAUCGUCCCCUACAAGCAGUGCGGCACCUGCAAUCCUCUAUCCGGCGAGAACCACUGCGACCCCAGCACAUCCUGCAUCAGCACCGGCACCCAAUUCCACUGCGCCUGUCGAGCAGGCUACAAGGCCAGCAAGCACGAUUUCGACGCCAACAAGCAGUUCCGGCUGGAAAUCCCCAACUACGAAUUCUUGGUCUUCACACCCGAGCACACCAAGUGCGACGUUCCUUGCAAGAACUCGUACGGUGCUGGUCCGGAUCUUUGCGCGGAGGUCCCCAUCCACAAGGAGUGUGCUGUUUAA